AUGUCUACUCCGGAGACGUGUACAGUACCGGCUCACAUCCGGCCCUCACUAUGUCGUUCAAUCACUCCGUCCACCUCCAUCGGGGAUGGGAAAUACUCUCGUGCAUCCUUGUGCACCCGCGAUUCUCCUACCAUCAUAUCCUCGAGCAAUGGCUCAGAUUCUAAUCUGGCUACAGAUACCCCCCGAGAGAGUUCUUCACAGAUCUCGACCGCCAGACUCUUCUGGGCCCAUGUUGGUGCUGCAUUAACUCUUUUUUUAGCCACCACGGACGCAACUAUUGUCUCUACUAUCCUACCAACCAUUGAUGGCCAAUUCCACGCGACUUCAACGCAAUAUACCUGGGUCUCUGUCACUUAUAUGUUGACGCAAACCGCUUUCCAGCCCUUGUAUGGUAAAAUAUCGGAUCUCCUCGGACGAAUGACGGUGCUAUACAGCAGUAUUGUCAUAUUUGCUGUUGGCUCCGCACUUUGUGGCGCCGCCCAGAGCAUUCAAUGGUUGAUAGCGGCCAGAGCCCUUGCCGGAAUUGGUGGCGGAGGGAUCGUCAGUCUGGUUUGGACAAUUACCUCGGAGAUAGUCGAAGCUCGAAGUCAAGCAAAAUGGUCACAAGCUCUCAGCAUCACCUGGGCAUGUUCUGCCGUUUCGGGGCCCAUUCUCGGCGGUUUAUUUAGCGGACAAUCUGGUAUAAUCAGUUGGAGAUGGGCUUUCUACCUUAAUCUGCCCGUGUGCACUGCGGCAUCGAUUGUUCUGUGGUUGUCCCUUCGCAACAUCCGUGUAGGAUGCUCAGAUAAUAUAUCGUGGCGAUCGUUCUGGAACUCAUUUGAUUUCAUUGGUUUGGCCUUGUUUAUGGGCGCCAGUAGUUGUAUAGUGGUUGGCUUCAACCUUGCAGUUUGCGAUGGUUGGACUACACCUUCAACCCUGUGCACGAUCAUCGCAGGACUUCUAAUUCUCAUCUGCGCCGGAUCCUAUGAGGUUCGAACGAAGCGCGAUGCUCUUUUCCCGCUGGUAAUAUUCAAGGACAGAACGAUUGCGAUCAUUCUAGCGGUCAUAUUUCUCCACAACUUCGCCUUCAACGCGGGCACAUAUUAUCUAGCGCUUUUCUUCCAAGCCGUCGACGGCCUUCCUCCAUUGCAAGCUGGGAUUAAGAUGCUACCAUAUUCUCUGGGUUCAUCCUUAGCGUCAAUGCCAUCCGCAUGGUUCAUUGGGUACUGGCAGAAAAGACAUCCGGACACUAGCGGACAAAAGCUCGUCAUUGGAGUGGGCCUCGCUAUCUCUACGCUGGGAUUCGGCCUCAUGUCGCUACUCAAUGAAUUGACACCACAUGCACUUCAAUUUGUCUACCCACUCGUGGCCGGUGUGGGGGUUGGGAUGUUGUUCCACGCUCCAUACCAGGUCUUCAUCAGAGCAUUACGACGAAAAGAUACAGCUUCCGGGACUAGUGCAUUCUUUCUUGUCAGAUUCACAGGAGCAACUGUAGGACUGACCAUAGCGGGAGCUGUGUUUGACAGUCGGCUGUCGCAGUCCUUACCCACCGGAGUGGCCGCAUCGAUAGUACUGCAAGGCAUCCGCACUGUGCAUAUGGACACCGCGGCGCUGCACGCUUUGUGCAUCUCGAUUCGUGCCAUAUGGCUUGUCUGUUGCCCGUGCUUGGGCGUGGCGCUCUUGAUUUCGACUUGUACACGCAACCUAACGUGUCAGUCCAGUGAUACAGAGGAUCCCGAAGCGACUGGCCGUGAUAUGAAGCAAAAGCCAGCAUCAGUUAUUGUACAUGCCGAUGUCUGA